AGACCGAAAAGGUUAGCUAGCUAGCCUAGCUAAAGUAAUGGAGACCCGGUAAGAGAUGCAAGGAAGGACAUGUGUGAUGGGGGGUCAUUGUGAUAUUCCUGUCUUUGAUUUUAAUCUUAUUAUGGCGAUUUAUUAUCACAAUUUUGUAGCAAAAGAACCGUUAAAUUCACACUGACGACGUGAGCCUGGUAGGUUGCUAGGCUAGGCUGCAGCGAGGCUAGCCUCUGAGGGUUCGUGUUUCGGUGCCAUUUGAUAUGGCACAUUGCAACCACUACGAUAUUUCCGACGACGGGAUGAAUAUCUGUAUUUAACCCGACUAAAUAUAUAAUUUCGGUGAAAACACCGGAGGCUGGCAGGCUAAAUAGCUACUACCACAAUCUAAGUUAACGGUGCUGCUAGUGAAACUGUCAGGCCCGGAAUGGAGCCCGGCAAUUUGCGAGAGAGCCCCGCCGGGUCCGGUGAGUCAGACACGGGGGAUUGGAGGGAGGUUAUUCCCGGUGGAGAGGAUGAGGUCAAAGCUACUGAAACUAGUGGAAACCCACUAGAGACGGGGCACAGGGACACCUGCGAGGACAGCGACAUUGAGAAACAAAAAUGCGUGGGAGGUCAAUUGCAUAGUCCCUUCGAGGAGGAGCUGGACCCAAGAAUUCAGGAAGAGUUGGAGCAUCUUAAUGAAGCCAGUGCAGAAAUCAACAACCUAGAGCUGCAGUUGGAUGAUGCCAGAUCAGGGUACCGGAAGAUUCUCACUGAGUCUGCCAGGAAGCUUAAUGCUCAGAGCUCUCAGCUUGGCGGCUGCAUAGAGAAAGCAAGACCCUAUUAUGAAGCUCGGCGUCUUGCAAAAGAGGCUCAGCAGGAGACCCAGAAGGCAGCGCUGAGCUAUGAGAGAGCAGUUUCUAUGCACACAGCUGCUAGGGAGAUGGUCUAUGUAGCGGAGCAGGGCCUGAUGGCUGAUGGCAAGAACACCCUCGACCCAACGUGGCAGGAGAUGCUCAACCAUGCUACAGCAAAGGUGAAUGAAGCUGAGGAGGAGAGACUCCGCAGUGAGAGGGAACACAUGCGCGUCACACACGCCUGUCAGGAGGCUGAGGCUCGCGUUCAGAUGCUCCAAAAAUCCCUGAAAAGAGUCAUUGUGAAAUCCAAACCUUACUUUGAGCUCAAGGCUCAGUUCAACCACAUACUGGAGGAGAGUAAGACCAAGGUGCUGCAGCUGGAGCAGCAUGUCGCCAAAGUAAAGACCCGCUACUCCAUCGCCCUGAGAAACUUGGAACAAAUCAGCGAGCAGAUCCAUGCUCAGAGGGGCAGGGACCAGGCGGAGGGAGGCUGUCCCACUGUGUGUGGUGGGCGAAGUCCUCCCGUUGGAGCCGAGUCCGACAGCAGAGUCAAGCAAGAGGGCGGAGCCUGCAGCGGUGGUGCUACAGGGAUGGAUCGAGUGGAUGCAGCGGCAAACCUGGUGGAGAAAUAUAAAGAAAAGGAGAAUGAGAAGGAAAGGGAGCGGGCGGGGUCGGAUUCCCUUUCAGUGUUCAGCCUGCAGACCAUUGCUUCCGACUUGGAGAAAUAUGACUCCAUUGAGCACCUCGGGGAUCUCAGUGAUGUAGGGAGCGUAACUGGAGAUGAGGGAGAAAAAGAGAGAGGGGCUGUGAUUGAUAGAAGAGACAAGCUGAUGGAAACUUCUGCCAAAGAGCGCCAGCAGCAGUUCUACAAGCAGCACCAUCGAAGCUUUAGUUUGUGAAGAUUUCUUAGAUUUAACAGCAAGGAAUGCUAACAAAGUCAAAUGAACCAAUAAAAACACACAAAAAAUAGGGUUAGAAAUACCUGCCUUAAAGGUACAGACCCAAAUAUAAGAGAAUAAAUUAGCUGCAAAUAUAAAACUAGUCAUGCUGCAGGUGUAGGUGUAAGAUACUUAGUGUAAAUAAGCUCAUGUGCGUUGACUGACAUUAUUCUAAAGCUGAUCAGUAGUUAAUAUUGCAGCCUAGUUAGAACACUACUUCUAGCAUCUAAAGAGCUUCAAGCCCUCCAGGACAUGUAAAAUGUAUAUUUACUCCGCUGUGAGGGCUUCUGGGUAAAAUUUGUUCCCAGAGCAUGAAAAAAAAGCAAUGAAAGAUCAAAAGCCCAGCUCGAAAAGAAGUAUGUUAAAAAAGGCAUCCUUUCCUUUUUCCCAGGCUAAUCGUCGAUCUAAUUUGGUGAGACUGGCGAAAACUAAUCCCUCCAUUGUUUCCCCAUCUAGUCGUGUCGAGUCUUAUCAGCGACUGCUUUAAGGUAGCGAGGGUGUGCACAGAGUGUGUGCUUGCACACUGAAAUCCACUCCCAACAUAUCCUUCCUCCCUCCCUCACUCAGUUUGAAGGAACGAAUGACAAAAACGUCUCUCUGUUGAUGUAGAGUGAAAAGCAUGUUUGAAUUCACAUUUCAUGUAUUUAUUUCUAGUGACAUGCUGCAAGAGGUGCUUUGUUAUUUUUGGCACGAGAGAACGCGUUUUUUGAGAAUUCCUGAAAUUAUGAAAAGUCUGAAAAUGAUGACUUUGUUUCACUCCAACAGCAUGCACUCCAGUUGGCUGUUUAAACAGGUGUUAUUGACGUGUAUUCAGGGUUAUAUGCUGGCAGAAACACUUGACACUAUUUCAGCUGAAAUAUCUAAGCUUUCCACAUUUUCCUUUUAUGAUGCUGUACUUUUAAGUGUAAACGCCUCUCCUAAAGGUGUAUCGUUUGGAUAUUGUUUACAUUUAUACAAAUAUGUUUUUCUCAGUAUUUCCUCCUUUGUUUGCCUUUAAAAUCUUGCCCUUGUUAUUUGAAGUGUGCCUUUACACUGAACGAGCAACACAUUUAGCAUGAGUAGUCCUUAGUGCAAACUCAUCUGUAGUUCUUUUUGAACCAUUUAAAGAACAACUGUGUGCCCUUUUUAUAAUAAUUUUAAAUUAUUUUUAACAAUCUGAUCGCCAAGGCACCAUUUCCAAGUGUGACUUGAAUUUCUUUCCUUUUUAUUCUUGUUAUUGAUUCUAUGAUAUUGUACUUUGAUUGUCAAAGUGUGAGAUGCAAAAGUCAAGAAAUGACUUGUAAAUGUAUGUAAUUAUUACAAAGCUGGAAAAUAUUGACAUGUACAGUUACAUGUGUUUUGCUGAUUUGAAUAUUUGACUUGUUUGUUGUACAGAUGUUCUGUAAACCCACAGGUUAUUGUUGUGUAUUUAAAUCAUUAUUAUUGUUGCAGUUUCUCUGAAACACCUCCACUUCACUCCUGUCUUAAAAAGCUCCAACAUUGUAAAUGCAUAUGUGAAUUUCUUGCUCACUGUUUUCAACUUAUGCAUUGUCAUAGCUAUAAUCAAUAAAUCAUACAGAUCGUGCA